UUCGUUUAAUGAUGUUUUCAUUCUGCACGUACAGGUUGCACAUUCAGGCUUGUACAGGUGGCCCUCCAGGGGGGCAGCCCACCCUCUCUCUCGCCGUGUCCUGCCCUUCAGGUGCCAGGUGACAGCCGCUGCGAUCUCCUCACCCUGCCUCCUCCCUGCUCCGCUCCCGAGCCGCCCGGAGCGCCGCCUCUCGGACCCGCAUCUCACCGAGGCCUCCUGCGCUCACAGCUGCGCGCUGCCCUGCCCGGCGGCUGCCAUGCUCUCCACGGGCAUCAUGGCCUCCGGCGGAGACUGCAGGCCGGCGGCCGAGGACACCGCCAGCCCGGUGCGCAGGGCGCUGCGCCCGGACCCGGGGCCCGCGGGAGAGGAGCCGGCCCGCUGGACCUACUUCCACAAGCCCAUCAUCAUCAUGGCGGCCGGCGGGCUGCUGUUCGGCGCCGGCACCGUGCUGGCCUUCCUCUACUUCACCAGGGCGGCCAAGGUGCCCUACGCCCUGGGGCCCGUCUGCCUGUCCAUCGGACUCAUGUUCCUGGUGACGGGGCUGGUGUGGGUGCCCGUCAUCAAGCAGAAGCUCCGGUACAAGGGGGUCAUCAGGAAGACGUGUGCCAGAUCCUCGCCAUGCUAGGCACGGAAUUCCUGGGCGCCGCUCGCAACGCCUCCUGCCCCUUAUUAGGAGACCUCAGUUUGGGACAUCUCAUCGGUUAAACACGCAGAUGCAUUCAGACCGGCCCCGUGAUGCUGCCCUCCUUACCUCGGCGAAAGUAAACGCAGUCUCCCCCCUCGUACUGUAUAUAUCCUCACAUAAACAACUCAUAUACGGCUUGUAUGUCUGUAUUUACACGCGUGGGUCCAUCUGGCCGCUCCGCUGUACAGUACUAUUCUACAGUGAUAUAUAGAAGCACAACAGAAGGGUCUCCCAGCUGGCUCCGCGCUUGAAAUCUAUAUGAGCCCCCCUGUUGUUUUUAUUCUGGUCGUUAUUGAUAAAGGAUUUUCCAGCGGCUGGUGUCCGGAGGGUCAGGCUCGCCCGCUUCUCCCCCGUCAGCUGCGGGUGGAAAGAAAAAAAAAAGCGAUGCACAACGCACCACGCGUAGAAUUUGACACGUUUCUUCACCGCUGCUGCCUGAUCCCUGCUGCCUGUGUGCAUUUCUUCCCUUGUCCCGGUGACCAGCGAUCCGAGAACACGCGUUAGGCCGGCGCCGAGGGCGGUGGGUCUUCCCCUGUCCUGCGGGUGGGACGCUGUCAGCCUGUGGCCUGCAGACACCGGGCGUGACCGAUGCGCCGUCUUUCUGGAAUGAUAUGCGGUCAGACCUGGAGUUGGCUGUCCACCCUGUGGCCCCUGCGCUUUCGUGAAAUCUGUACAAUCUUUCUAUAGUCUCUAAAAGUAAAAUACAUAAUCGAGGAUACUCUGCAGAGUGUACCGUCAUUCCCACCGUUUGGCGUCUUGGUUUCUCUUUCGUGCUUUCGUUAUUAACAGCAUGAGGGAGCCCCGUUUGUCAGUGCGGUAGCCCCCGGUGUUGUUUUGCGGGGUUCAGGGUGACGGGAGCUCCCUGCGGGGUUUUCGGUUAAUCCUGUAACUCGCAGAGCAAAACCACUGGAAACUAAAACGGAGCCCAGUUAAAACCCCAGCCCUCCAAGCCAGACCAGCGCAGAAAAGUUACAAGCCGCACCUUCAUCACUGAACUGACAAAUUGCUAGACCUUUAAGUGUCUGCCCGCUGAGUAACCCUGAACUAAAAUCUUAUUCUGAGUUUUUCCACCAGGUGGAGAUACCGUCCGGUGAAAUGAUUCUCGGGCUUAGACUCAACUUCUGAUUUAGUCGAGAUUUUCGUAUUACUGUAUUAUUUUAAAAUAUAUAUAUAUAAAGAGAUGUAUUAAUCUCAGAGACUGGACAAAAGUUUGAUACAGAUGAUCGCUUCCUUGGAAACAUCUGGGGUGACCUGCUUGAAGAAAACGUUGCGGUUAUUCACUCACAAAACUGUUCAUUUUUAUUGUAAUAAUGGUGUUGCUUCUUCGCCGGUGGACGCUGCUGACACACUUUGAAAAAAUAA